AUGGUCUCCUUCACCAACCUGCUCACCGCAGGCCUGUUGGCCACCACCACCCUUGCUGUGCCCCACAACAUGCACAAGCACAAGGUGCACAAGCGCUCCACCACCAAGCGAGGAGCCGCCUACAACGACGUCUCCACCGUGGACACCCUCGCCAGCUCCGGCACCAUCGGCUGGGCCUACGACUGGGUUUACACCAUCGAUCCCGGCCUGCCCUCCGGCGUGGAAUACGUUCCCAUGCUAUGGGGCGCCACCUUUUUCUCGGGCUGGGUCUCCGCCAUCGAAACUAUCCUCGCCAGCGGAAGCGACUACAUCCUCGGAUUCAACGAGCCUGAUAAUUCUGCGCAGGCUAACAUGAGCCCCUCCGAGGCUGCGGCAUACUACCUGGAGUACAUUACCCCGUACUCUGGAUCCGCGAAGCUGAUCUCUCCCGCCGUGACCUCGUCUACUACUUCCGGAGAGGGAUUGAGCUGGUUCGAGGAGUUCAUGUCUGACUGCUCUUCGUGCGGUAUUAGCGGAUUGGCGGUGCACUGGUACGGCGAUUCGAUUGAUGACUUCGAGUCUUUUGUCCAGCAGGCUGUUAGCACGGCUGCUGCGUACAGCUUGGAUGAGGUGUGGGUUACUGAGUUUGCGCUCAGUGCUGAUACCUCUGGUGUCGCUGAUCAGUCUACUACUGCGGAGUUUGUUACUCAGGCUCUUACCUUCAUGGAUGCGCAGACUAACGUUACUCGCUACUCGUACUUCUACUGUGCUGAGGACUAUCUGCUUACUGAUGGUGCGCUGAACUCUGUUGGUGAGGCUUACGCCUCGACUUCUGACUAG